CUCUCUAACUCACACUCAUACUCACAUACAUUCACACACUCUCACACGCACCCUCUCCCCUGCCAGCCCAUCCCAGACAGGCUCAGUCCCUUCCCUGUACCAGGCACUCAGCCAUUGCACUCCCCCUUUGCUGCCCAAAGCACCACCCAGAGGCUCCCAGCAUGGCAAACAGCUGUUUCUCCCGGCCCUGCUUGCCCUCAGCCUCCAACAACUCCGUCUGCUCCAGUGAUGUGAGCCACAGCAGCAACGUCUGCAUGCCCAGCUCAUGCCUAGGGGGCUCCUCCUGGCAACUGGACGACUGCCCAGAGAGCUGCUGUGAGCCCUGCGGCUGCAGCGGACCCUCCUGCUGCCCAGCCCCGUGCUGCCCUCCUGCCUCCUGCCUCACCCUCGUGUGCCGACCAGUCUGCUGUGUGCCCGCCUCCUGCCAGCCCUGCCCAGCUGUCUGUGCCCCCUCGUGCUGCCAGUCCACUGGCUGUGGAGCUUCCUGCUGCCAAACCUGUCCAAGUGCCCCCAUACAGUCCUGUUGCUGUGUGCCCAUGUGCUGCAAGCCCAGCUGCUGCAUCUCCCUGCCUGUGUGCUGCAAACCCAGCUGCUGUGUGACCUCUGCCUGCCCAGUCCUCUCUUGCAGCCCAGUAUCCUCCUGCUGCCAGCCUCCCUGCUGUCAGCCUGCUUGCUCCAUGCCCCUGAGCUGUCGACUAGUGUGUAGCCCAGCCACCUGCUGUGUGCCUCUCUCCUGCAAACCCACCUGUUGCACCACCUCUUCCACCUCCUGCUGCUGUGGUCUUUCCUGCUGCUGUGCCCCAUCCUGCUGCCGCCCCACCUCCUCUGUGUCCCUCAUCUGCCAGCCCACCUGCUGCAGACCCUCCUGCUGCAGACCCUCCUGCUGCUCCACCUCCUGUGGCCAGAAAUCCUGCUGUUGAAGCCAGGGCUCUGCUCUCUCUCCACCCUGCUACCCCCUUCACGAGCCUCAGCAGCUGCACGGCAGUACUCACAAAGGAGGCCUCAAUUUGGCCCUCCAGGCACCCCCCAAACAUCCUCCCACCCCAGGCCUCCCUGAGUCCCCACAAAUCUCCUCAGAUGCAUGGCUGACCCCCUCCUGCUUCCCCAGGCCUCCAGGUCAGCUUGCAGUAUGCACCCCACAACUGCUGCUCACAGACUCCCUCCAGGCAACCAGAGUGUGGGUACUGCCAGGCAGGAGCUCCCCUGGCAAUAAAGUGCAUCCUUGACCUUUCCAGGCCUCUCUCUCAGGCUCCUUCCUUGUCCUCAGACCAUUGGGCUAGGGAGGGGGUGAUAGGGGCUUACAAGUACCACACAGCACUGCU